CGUCGUUGUCCAGUAGCAUGCGGAGAUUGUUUUAAAACUGUACAACCCGCCCCACGAUCGAGAGACGUUGCCAGACUAAUAUUUAUUUUGUCUGGCUUGCCAAGCUAAAUAACUGCUGCAGAAAUAUUCUCAGCGGGGCCAGGUGGUGAACACUUUAUUAUUGGUGCGAGUUCUUUCCAGAACCAGAGACGAUAUUCUGCGGUCUUCGUGACAAUCGGAGCUCCAAAAGCAGGUGAUGGGUCAGAAAAGCUUUUCUCUAGACUUCCUGUCCUCUGGGUCUGCUGCUGUUCCUUUGGCCUCUCUGAGAAACGCGCUCGUUUAGCUGCUUUCAUCAGAUUGAAGAGGUUCCCUCUAUCAGACUCGCUCAUCUGAGUUGGUCAUGAUGCAGGAUCGCUGCUCGCUCUCUGAUCCAUCCUGCUCACACUCUCCGACGGAAAAGCCCCGAAUCUGAAUGUGAAUCUGGAGGAAAAAGCGGUUAGCUCUACUCCGUGAACUCUGGUGACCAAAGCUGUUAGCUAAACACGGCUAAAGAAAACCUGCUACCACUUCAGGAUCAUCCAUCAGCUGGGACUGAUUCAUCGUGUUUACUUCACCAUCUGGAUCUGGACAGCAUGGAUACAGAUGUUCACCAGAUGGUUAAAGAAGAAGCUCCUGAAGAUCAGAGUGCUGGUGUGGACCAGCAGGAUCCAGAACAGUUCCACAUAAAGGAGCAACAGGAGGAACUCUGGACCAAUCCGGAAGGAGAGCAGCUCCAUUUGAAAGAGGAAACUAAUCCUACCAGGUUUCCCUUCACAUUAUUUUGUAUAAAAAGUGAAGAUGAUCAGCAGCAAAUAGAAGACAGAGAUGCUCCAACCAGCAGCUCAGCUGACCAGACAACAGCAGAAACUGGUAGAGACGCAGAAUCUAUCAGGAACCCAGUUCUGAACCCCAGUGAACAGAUAUCUGAUUUUUCAGAGACUGAAGUUAGUGGAGAUGAAGUGAAUCUAAACGUUGAGUUAUUAGAUUCUGGGCCUGAAACUGGAGAGAAUCACUGCAAUAACGGUGGAAAAAUAUUUUGUCAUAGUAAAAGUUUUAACAGUCACAUGAAAGUCCACACAGGACAGAAACCUUUUUCCUGUGAACUCUGUGGAAAAAGCUUUAAUCAAAGGGCAACUUUAAACACUCACAUAAGACUCCACACAGGACAGAAACCUUUUUCCUGUGAACUCUGUGGAAAAAGCUUUAAUCAAAGGGUAACUUUAAACACUCACAUGAGAGUCCACACAGGACAGCAACCUUUUUCCUGUGAACUCUGUGGAAAAAACUUUAAUCAAAGGACAAAUUUAAACACUCACAUGAGAGUCCACACAGGACAGAAACCUUUUUCCUGUGAACUCUGUGGAAAAAACUUUAAUCAAAGGGCAACUUUAAACAGUCACAUGAGACUCCACACAGGACAGAAACCUUUUGUUUGUGAACUUUGUGGAAAAAGUUUUAGUCAUAAGUCAGCAUUAAACACUCACACGAGAGUCCACACAGGACAGAAACCUUUUUCCUGUGAACUCUGUGGAAAAAACUUUAAUCAAAGGGCAACUUUAAACAGUCACAUGAGACUCCACACAGGACAGAAACCGUUUGUUUGUGAACUUUGUGGAAAAAGUUUUAGUCAUAAGUCAGCAUUAAACACUCACAUGAGAGUCCACACAGGACAGAAACCUUUUUCCUGUGAACUCUGUGGAAAAAACUUUAGUCAAAGGGCAAUUUUAAACAGUCACAUGAGUGUCCACACAGGACAGAAACCUUUUGCCUGUGAGCUGUGUGAAAAAAACUUUAAUCAAAGGACAAAUUUAAACACUCACAUGAGAGUCCACACAGGACACAAACCUUUUGUAUGUAAACUUUGUGGAAAAAGUUUUAGUCGUAAGUCAGUCUUAAACACUCACAUGAGAGUCCACACAGGACAGAAACCUUUUUCCUGUAAGCUCUGUGGAAAAAACUUUAUUCAAAGGGCAACUUUAAACAAUCACAUGAGAGUCCACACAGGACAGAAACCUUUUGCCUGUGAACUCUGUGGAAAAAACUUUAAUCAAAGGGCAACUUUAAACAGUCACAUGAGAGUCCACACAGGACAGAAACCUUUUGCCUGUGAACACUGUGGAAAAAACUUUAAUCAAAGGACAAAUUUAAACAGUCACAUGAGAGUUCACACAGGACAGAAACCUUUUUCCUGUGAACUCUGUGGAAAAUGCUUUAAGCAUAAAACAAAUUUAAACAGUCACAUGAGAGUCCACACAGGACAGAAACCUUUUUUGAACACGUGAUAACGAAUUGUCAACAAUGAUGUUCUCUCCUCAAGGUCCAAGCUUCCCUUAUCAUCCUACAGGACUCUUCAUGCCUCUAAAUAAGGAACACUCGCAGCUCAGAUUAGUUGCUAAAUCAAAGAAUGAUUUUGUAUAUGAAAUAUGAACUUCUAAAACGUAUAAGCUAGAUAAUCAUUAAAUAAAUGUUUGUUUAUUGCUACUUAAAAUAAUUAUAGUAUAAUGAAAUGUUUUCAUUAAUCUGUGCUCAAUGAUUGAAGUUUCAAAUGAAUGUUAUGCUAUGAUUACAUUGAUUGAAAUAUGUUUCAGCGUGUUUACAUGACAAGGUCAUCACCAUUUGCACUCAUUCAGGACAAAGUAAAGUUAAGUUAAAUGCGUGACACAUAGAUAGUCCUUUACCCCAGAUCAGAGCAUCCGGAUCAAAGAAGGCGUGUUUCUGAGUUGUCGUGGUAAUAUUCCUCAACUUGUCAGCCUCUGGUUGGCUACACAAAUCAUAACAUGAGAACAUUAAAACUGGAUCACUCUGGUGAUUCAUCAGUUCUUGAGAAAAGCUUCAGACCAGCCAUUUGAAGCAAGACCUCUUUAACCCAUCAAAGCUUUUGACACGUCAUCAAAAUCUUUUUGCACCUGCGAAGCUGAUACAGCAAACAGUUCCUGCAGAACAAGCUGAUAUUGUUUAGACUCCUUAAGAGUCCCCCAGACGCGCUAUUCUAUCUAUCUGUCGUGACCCGAGACAUCUCUGGACUGGAGAAGUCGGUGCUGUGGUCAAUCUACUGGACCUGGGUGCCAGAGGUCAUCUGACCUCUGACCUACGGAUCCACGAAGAGGGUCUCUGAGAAUGGGUGAAGUAGACACACAGAUAGCGUCUGAUGCUUUUUGAUAAUAAUCAGCUUCAUAGCUUAACGCAAACCAAAUUCUUUUACAUCCAGAACUCAGCUUUUCUAGAUACGGAAGUUCUGAUAACAUCGCAUUCACACAUAGGUUCAUACAUCACAUCUUGUUCCAUCCAUCACAGUAAAAGUUAGUUAACUUGUCAUGUUUUGUUUGUAAAAUAAAUUCUUACUUUUAUAA